AGCACAUUUUAAUUAACAUUAACGCUAUGUUAUGGGCUACAUUUCUGGGAACCAUGGCCACUUUGAUUGGCAAAGGACUGGCCAAGAGGCUAUAUGACUGGGAACAGAGUAUAGGAAUGUAAAGCAACCAAUCAUGCUUCAAAUUGAGCUGCAUAAUGUUUAGGGGUUGUUUACUAAUCUAAUGUUUAAUAACAGGCUAGUCUGCAACCAGUAAAUCAUUCAUUAACCAUCGUCUUUAAAGUUUAUAAGAACAACAAUAGGGAAUCAGUCUCCUAAAAAUGUUAAUUACAAAACACCUAAACAAAUUGGUGGAAAUCAUAAAAUCAUAUGUAGACUUUGUUCAGAAAAUUUCAAACAAUCUAAAACUAACAAACACUGAUUAUUUUGUGGUCACGACUCUUUACCCACAUGGAAUCGUCAUUUCAUUUUUGCCCAUAUAAGCGGCUGAUAUCUGCUUCUCGUUUAGGUAUUUCACUUGAUUUUCUAUAAUAGUCCUGCUUGACUAGUUUACUCUGUUUUUCUGAGACAUGACUGUCUGAUAGGAUACCUGAUUCUCAUGUGGAGAUGGAAGGCUUUGCACUUCACAGGAUGAACAGAAACCAAGCAAGUACGAGUAAGAAGCAAGGCUUUCACUGAGGGUAUCACCAACCAGUUAAUGGGCUGCUAUGUGGGCUCUUUGACAGAAGGUCCUGUUAUACUGGUGAGAGUUUUUGGACAGAUGACUGAGCUGUUUUUGGACAGAGAAAAGGAAAUGGAAAUGUUCAGAGUGCUACACAAAAAUGGUUGUGGCCCUAGGCUGUACUGCAGUUUUACCAAUGGGAUCUGCUAUGAGUUUGUCAGAGGAGUUGUGCUGGAUGACAUAUUACUCAAACGGCCAUCUGUUUACAGACUGAUUGCAGCAGAAAUGGGGAAAAUCCAUGCAAUAAAGGAUGGAGAGCUUGAAAACAGUUCACCAAUGACACCAGUUCUGUGGUCUAGAUUAUCCAACUUCCUGAUCCUGGCUCAGAGUUCUGAUGCUCCAGUACAGUCAAGAUCCAGUGUCCAUCUGGAGGCACCAAACAUAAAAAUCAUCAUCAAAGAGAUAGAGGAGCUAAAGAGUCAUCUUAACCACAUUGACUCCCCAGUAGUGUUGUGCCAUAAUGACCUCCUGACUAAAAAUAUAAUCUACAACUCUGAAGAAGGCACAGUAAAAUUCAUUGACUACGAGUAUGCCGAUUUUAAUUACCAAGCUUAUGACAUUGGAAACCAUUUCAAUGAAUUUGCAGGUAUCAAUAAUGUUGACUCCAGCCUAUACCCUAGUUGUGAGCUUCAGUUUGAUUGGCUUACUGCUUACUUGGAGAGUUUUAAGCAGUGCAGUGGUAUGGAGUCGUCUGUCACUAAGAAAGAGGUCAAAGAACUUUACAUAAAAGUCUGCAAGUUCUCUUUGGUGGCUCAUUUCUUCUGGUGUCUAUGGGCUCUGCUGCAAGCUAAACAUUCUACUAUUGACUUUGACUUUCAGAGGUAUGCUAUGGCUAGAUUCAACUACUACUUUGAGAAGAAGCAGGAGUUCUUUGGAAUGACACUUCAGUAAUUUUUCUGCAUGGAGACAAAAGACAAGCUGCUAAAUAGGCCUAUGCAUGGAUAAAAAAAAACGAUUAAAGGUGGAAUACGUAGAAUUUUUACCACUAGAUGGCGCCAAAACACAAUAACAUCAAAUGACGUUGUUUAAUGACGCUCUGAAGCAGUGUGGAAUUAUGGGAUGGCCAUCAAUCAGACGUGAACGAGAAAUCAUGCUGAUGGAUAAAGUAAUCAAGUCUUAUAAAUGUUGCGUUUGAUGACAUUGUUUAUUUCAUUAUGUAAGUUUAUAUGUGAUGUUCAAAACGAAAUUGUUAGUCAUAGAUGUUACAGUAUUAGUCCAAAUUCGAUGGUUAACACAGCACAGAAUAAGUUUCAACUCACAAUCUACAAUGAUUUUUCACAUAAUGUAUUGACAGUACAAAUCUUAUUGUGAAGUGUCUUUAAAUAUCCAUUUAUAUUGCUUUACAA